AUGUGUUUUGUGUUUUCUCUCCAUAGGCUGUCUGAAGCAGAAUCUAUUCUAACAGGCGGAGAUCCAUCUAGAUCCAGAAAUCUUGAAGAAAUAAUAUCAGAAUUUGGGGAACACUCUUGUUUUGCUCUCCAGAUCCUUGCAAAAAUAUGUUUGCAAACAGAACGAGGCUCCAAAGCUGCAGAGGCUUUGCGACGGGCUCUAAAACUCAAUCCAUUCCUUUGGCAUUCUUUUGAGGAACUGUGUAAUUGUGGGGAGAAACCAGAUCCCCUAAGAACAUUUCAGGUUUCAAAUCUGGACAGUUUUAUUAUGUGUACUGGCAGUAGCCAUCGUACCACUUGUGAAUAUGGCUUUGGUACAUCAUUUGGUGGAAACACUCUUUCCUCUAAUAAUUCCAACACCACCCCAAAUGAGGUGCAACAAAAUACAGUAAACAGCACUCCUGUACAAAAUUCCAACUGCUUUAAUACUGCGUUGACGAGUGUUAAGGUAUUUACACCAGAUGACAGUCCGUUGGUACAUAACACUUUGUGCUCAGCUCUGUCUGGUAUAGGAGCACUUUCAAACUCAAGAGGGAAGCAGUCACGGUUUAGAGGCAGUAUUCUGUGCAAUAAUGUUAGCCCUCUGACACCAAGUUUUGGCACUCUGUCGUUUGAGUCAGCAAAUAAUGAUACGUAUCAGAUGUCUUACUUCUCACCAUCGUUGCUCCCUGCAACAACUCUUACUGAAGCGAAUGAUCAGAAGAGUCUUGCCAAACGCGUGAGCAACCUGCGUGCCCAUGUAGGGCAAUUGAUUAGUCGGAAGGAGACACCUCUCCAGCAAAGUAAACCAGUCUUCAGUCAGUCUGGGAAUACAAGCAAUGCGUCAAACAUUGUCGCAGCAACGAGUCCAACUGUUGCAUCUGCUCUUCAACCGGGUCAGAAUGUGCGAAGGAGUUCCAGACUAUUUAGUAAUAGCUACUCUGUAAAGGAGAAUAACAAGAGUCCUAAUAGAACAAAAUUUGUAACGCCGAAAUCACCCUCGAGGAAAACAAAGUCUCGAAUAGCAAAGGCAAAUCUAAACAAAACUAGUUUUAGUGACAUGAAUGAACGAAAUCGCAGUGAAAAGGAGAGGCAAGAAACAAUCACAUCGUCUGAUAAUAAAUUAAUUAGUAAUAGUAUAUAUGGAUAUAAUUCUACUCAGCAAGUCUUCCAGCUUCAAAAGCAAUCUGCAGGCAAGUGCAUGGAGUUUCCUUCCAGAUUUUG